AUGAAAAUUACCCGACAAGCCCUGCAAAAGGCCACCGCUCUCCCGCCCUCUUUCGACUCCUUUUUCUCCUUCCCGUUGCGCAAAACCGGGUACUCUGGAUGUGCCGUAUAUACACGCCGCACCUGUGCGGUACCACUCAAAGCUGAAGAAGGCCUUACAGGCCUGUUGCAACCAAAACCGCCACUUACCUCUGAAGAGAAGGUCUCAGGCGCGGGAAUGUAUCCUCCAGAUGUCACAAUUCCCCUUAGCAAUGAAGAAGGCGGAGAUGAAGAAAGGAGAAAGGCAACAAUAGAUUACAAAACGCUUGACAGCGAGGGUCGCGCUGUCGUUCUUGACAUGGGACUUUUUGUGCUCAUCAAUACGUACUGUCCCAACGAUGGCACCGGCACAGAAGAGCGGGACAUCUUCAAGAUGCAGUACCAUCGCAUGCUGCAGACACGCAUUGAUUGUCUUAUACGAGAAGGACGGGAGGUCAUGCUAGUGGGCGAUAUCAAUGCAUGCGCGGCAAUUGAGGACCACUGCGAAGGUCAGCUCAUGGUGGAGAAAGGAUGGGCGGAGGGGCUUGAGGGGGAGGAGGGAUUUUGGGGCAAGGAAAGCCGCAGGUGGAUGAGAGAUUUGAUAUUGCAGGAGGGCGACGAAUCCGGGAACAGAAAAGGCAAAUUGGUAGACAUCGUUCGCAAGUUUUGGCCAGAUAGGAAGGGGAUGUACACUUGCUGGAACACGAAGAUAUCUGCACGCGACAGCAACUAUGGCACGCGUAUUGACUUUAUCCUCAUCACCCCUGGCCUUGUCCCAUGGAUCAAAGCUGCAGACAUUCAGCCAGAAAUCAAAGGCAGCGAUCACUGUCCGGUGUUUGUCGAUUUCCACGACGAAAUCAUUACCACCUCUAGUCGUUUUAGCGAUGGGACACCAACAACCAUAAAACUUCAAGACGUUUUAGGUGCACCUCCUCUUCCGGAAACAGGCGCUCCAGCCGACCCGCCGCGUAUUGCAGCCAAGUACUGGGAAGAGUACAAGCAGAAGUUACUUUCUAAUUUCUUUGGGAAGAAGGUGCCUGGUGUGCCUACAACCACUGCGACACAGAAAUCUACGAAAGCUCUUUUUACGCCGAAGGCUUCAGCCAGUCCCGCAUCUGCUUCUCAGGAUACUGAUGUUGAAAUGUCAGCAAUGGAUUGUGCUUCACCUGCAUCGAGAUCCAGAAAAUCAUCAUUAACGACAACAGUUAAACCAAGACCACCGCCCAAAGCAACGAACAAUAAGUCAAACUUAAACACGACUUCGCCUGCCGUAUCUCAGUGUCCAAACGAUGUUCAUGACCUUACUCAGAAAGAUAAAGCAGAAACUGCUACAGAUGCACCCAUGAUUGGGACGUCUCAAGUAUCAACAAACAGUGAAACAGAUUCUCAAAGUCGAGAACAGUUACUCUCUCCACCACCGACGCUAGAUCACUCAGCCUCUUCCUCAUCGGACACAGCAAAAUCUGCAGUUGCUCCAGAAGAACCUCAGAAGAUGUCAAAACGUAGAAGAGACCUCGCCGCCAUCAUCGCUCCUGUCAAGAAAGCAAAAAUCUCCAAGUCGUCUUCCUCCAAAUCUUCUUCUUCGUUUCUGUCAGAAAUGAAGCCAGACUCAACAAAGGGGGGGAAGUCGGUGAAAGGAAAAGAGAAAGAGAAGGCCAAACAGCUCAAAGGGAAGGAGAAAGUACCCAUAGAUUCCGAGACCAACUCUCAGGGUGUUUCCUUAUCAUCCGACGCUGAAGAUAUGAACCCCCCAGUAGACAUCUCCGCCACACCAGACACGGAUACGAAAGCGGCAGCGAGCAUGGACGUGGAUGAAGAUGCCGAUUACCGUUUUGCUCUGCAAUUGGCGCAGUCCGAAGGCAAUAUUGCGCCAGAUGACCCAUCCUCAGAGCAAAGUCAAGGCGAAGGAUCAUCCGUCUCUGAGAGGUAUAAAAAGGGACGAAUGAGAUCGCCGAUUCGCCUACCUUCACCACCAAGUACCAAUGGAAACGGAAAGGCGAAGAGCGUAAGAAAAGACAAGGAACAAAACUUUAAACAGGCGUGGAAUACCCUCCUUGCGCCUAUACAGGCUCCUCUUUGCGUUGUCCAUCAAGAACCUACCAAGGAGUACACCGUGAAUAAGCCCGGGCCAAACAAAGGGAAGAAGUUUUUCACGUGCUCUCGCUCUGUCGGACCAGGAUAUGACAAGGGCUAUUCUGAACGACCACGGGAUCAAGUCGAUCCACAAUACAAGUGCAAUUUCUUCAAAUGGUCGAGCGAGGUCAGAAAAGAGAUGUCGAGAAACGCACAGUCCAACUCGCCUUCGAAAUCGAAUGGAAACGGGUCCUUCGAUGCACAAUCUUAA